AUGCAUACAGUUUUUCGAAUUGGUGAAAUUCGACAACUUGACAAGGAAAGUCCACUUUAUCAAGUGGACCUCAAACUUACGUCUGAUGAUGACCAGCAACUUCGUCAAUUAACUAUCUGCAUACGAGAAGAAUCUUCGGGUAGCACUGGAUGGUAUCGAAUGGGUAAAUUACUGCUCCAAAUAAGUCAAUUUGACAAGGCCGAAGAAUUGUACAUGGCACUACUAGAACAGGCAUCCGACGACAGUGCUAGAGCACAUAUCUAUCACCAGCUUGGAUGGGUGAAAAAAGGCAAAGGGCAAUACAAAGAAGCAGCUUCAUUUUAUGAAAUGUCUCUCAAAAUUAAACGAAAAACUCUUCCAGAAGCUCAUCCUUCGUUGGCUUCUACGUACAACAACAUCGCUUUGGUGUAUGCUAACAUGGGUGACUACUCGGAAGCACUUGAAUUUUACGAAAAAGUACGUAAAAUAAGAGAAAAAGCUCUGCCUUCGAAUCAUCCCGAUUUGCCUACUUCCUACAACAACAUCGGUCUAGUGUAUAACGACAUGGGUGACUAUUUGAAAGCACUUGAAUUUUACGAAAAAGAUCUCGAAAUCAAGAAAAAAGCUCUGCCUCCGAAUCAUCCCGAUUUGGCUAUUUCCUACAACAAUAUCGGUCAAGUGUAUAACAACAUGGGUGACUACUCAAAAGCACUUGAAUUUUACGAAAAAUCACAUAAAAUAAGAGAAAAAGCUCUGCCUCCGAAUCAUCCCGAUUUGGCUAUUUCCUACAACAACAUCGGUGGAGUCUAUAACGUCAUGGGUGACUAUUUGAAAGCACUUGAAUUUCACGAAAAGGAUCGCGAAAUCACGAAAAAAGCUCUACCUCCGAAUCAUCCCCAUUUGGCUACUUCCUACAACAACAUCGGUCAAGCGUAUGACAACAUGGGUGACUACUCGAAAGCACUUGAAUUUUACGAAAAAUCACAUAAAAUAAGAGAAGAAGCUCUGCCUCCGAAUCAUCCCUCAUUGGCUACUUCCUACAACAACAUCGGUCAAGUGUAUAACAACAUGGGUGACUAUUUGAAAGCACUUGAAUUUCACGAAAAAUCGCAUAAAAUCUACGAAAAAGCUCUGCCUCCGAAUCAUCCCGAUUUGGGUAUUUCCUACAACAACAUCGGUGGAGUGUAUAACAAUAUGGGUGAUUACUCGAAAGCACUUGAAUUUUACGAAAAAUCACAUAAAAUAAGAGAAAAAGCUCUGCCUCCGAAUCAUCUCGAUUUGGCUAUUUCCUACAACAACAUCGGUGGAGUCUAUAACGUCAUGGGUGACUAUUUGAAAGCACUUGAAUUUCACGAAAAAUCGCAUAAAAUCUACGAAAAAGCUCUGCCUCCGAAUCAUCCCAAUUUGGCUAUUUCCUACAGCAACAUUGGUCAAGUAUAUAACAACAUGGGUGACUACUCGAAAGCACUUGAAAUUUACGAAAAAACACAUAAAAUCUUCGAAAAAGCUCUGCCUCCGAAUCAUCCCUCAUUGACUACUUCCUACAACAACAUCGGUGGAGUCUAUAACGUCAUGGGUGACUACUCGAAAGCACUUGAAUUUUACGAAAAAUCACAUAAAAUAAGAGAAGAAGCUCUGCCUCCGAAUCAUCCCUCAUUGGCUACUUCCUACAACAACAUCGGUCAAGUGUAUAACAACAUGGGUGACUACUCGAAAGCACUUGAAUUUUAUGAAAAAGCACAUCAAAUAAGAGAAAAAGCUCUGCCUUCGAAUCAUCCCGAUUUGGCUACUUCCUACAACAACAUCGGUGAAGUGUAUCACACCAUGGGUGACUUUUUGAAAGCACUUGGAUUUUACGAAAAAUCACAUAAAAUAAGAGAAAAAGCUCUGCCUCCGAAUCAUCCCGAUUUGGCUAUUUCCUACAAUAACAUGGGUAUAGUGUAUUUCGACAUGGGUGACUACUCGAAAGCACUUGAAUUUUACGAAAAAGCACAUAAAAUCCACGAAAAAGCUCUGCCUCCAAAUCAUCCCAAUUUGGCUACUUCCCACAACAACAUCGGUCUCGUGUAUAACAGCAUGGGUGACUAUUUGAAAGCACUUGAAUUUUAUGAAAAAUCACAUAAAAUAAGAGAAAAAGCUCUGCCUCCGAAUCACCCUCAUUUGGCUGGUAGUCACUUGAAUUUCGCAGCAUGUUACGAAAGAAUGGGUGAUUACGCC